AUGCCGCCCCAGAUCAAGAUCUGCUACUUCCCCGCCAAGGGCCGCGCUGAGCCCGCGCGCCUGGCGCUCACGGUGGGCGGCGUGCCGUUCGAGGACGAGCGCAUCAAGGGCGAUGAGUUCGUCUCGAAGAAGCCCGGCCUGCCCUUCGGGUCGCUCCCCACGAUGGAGGUGGACGGCAAGUUGUUCGCGCAGUCCUCGGCGAUGCUGCGUUAUGCCGGCAGGCUCAGCGGGCUGUACCCCGAGGAUCCUCUGGAGGCGUUCAAGGUCGACAUGAUCGUGGACGGCAUCCUUGACGUGCAGACCCCCCUGUCUGCCACUUUCUCCAUUGCGGACCCCGCGGAGAAGCUCGCCGCGCGCGCGAAGAUCGUCAAGGAGGUCAUCCCGCGCUACGUCGGCGCGCUCGACAGGCUGAUAGCCGCCGAGCCGGGAGAGUUCUGCGCGAACGGCAAGCUGUCCAUUGCGGACAUCUUUGUAUACACCGCCGUCAACCAGAUGCGCAGCGGGAUGCUGGACGGCGUGCCGGCCGACUGCAUGGACGGCUACGCGGCCGUGAUGAAGGCCUACAACGCCGUCGCCGCGCACCCCAAGGUGCAGGAGUGGGAGAAGGCACACUCCUGA